GUUUGACCUGGUAGUUCACAAUCGAGGUGGAAAUGGCCGAAGCCUUCGGAGCCGCAGUCGGCGUCUUGACUCUGUUAGAGCAGACAAUAAAGACCAUAUCCAAACUGAGGGCUCUCAGGGAGUUCAUUAGGACCCUUCCCAGAGAGAUGGAAGAUCUCAUCGACGAGAGCGAGAUUGUCCAAACAGUCUUGAUAUCUCUGCAACCAGAAGGCCCAAAUAUUUCCCAUUUCCCAUCUGCUGAACGUCGGUUACAUGCCUUUCAGACGAGCCUAGAGUCGGUUAUAUUGGAGAUAUCGAAACACAAGAACACCGUCACUGGCCAGCGAUUCGGGGCAUUGAAACUCAUUUUGAAGAAAGAUGUGCUCCGUACGUACAGGCAAAAUCUGGAGUAUAUGAAAUCUACCCUCUCAUUGCUUCAACAGGCUCAUCACAGUGUAUCUCUAUACGAGAUAGCUGCAAAGUUCAGCAGAGAAGAAACUUUAAAAGAAGAGACAACGCUUACCAUUAGCGAAGAACCACAGCAUGACCCGCAAAAGAUAUUUUACCAGGUGGAGCGCAAAAAAGGACACGCUCGAGAUGAAUAUAAACGGAAGUUCCGCUUCCGUACACCCCUGAUACUCAUAGAUAAGCUGUGGACUAUAAGCGUAACCCGCGCCUUUUCUAGCUGGGGAUUCAAUCUCCAGGUGAAUAGCGUCAUACCAUUUAGCUCUCCAGUCCUGACACAUUGCUGGAGAGGCGAGAUCACCGAAAUUCAACGACUCUUUUCAGCUGGUCUGGCCUCACCUUUCGACUGUGACCCCGAUGGCUGGUCACUGCUUCAUGUGGCUGCUGUCAAUCACGACCUUGAUUUGUGUCGGUUCCUCUUACAAGCUGGCGCUGAUCCAGGCCACAGAGAUAAUCUGGGAGUUACCAGUAUUAGAAUUAUUGAUCUUAAAUUUCCUAAGGAACCAGAGUCGAGCAAGUCUCUAUUCCUCGAGCUAUACAAGUUAUUCAUCGCCUAUGCUGAAGAAGAGCUUUUCGAGAAUUAUUGGCUACGGCCUAAUGGCGCAUUUGACAUGGGAUUUAACGGCCCAGCCGAAGCUCUCAGCCUUAUCCAGAGCCAUCACUUUGAACGAUACUCAGAACUGCCGCUAGGACUACGGUGGGAACGAGCAAUGGCUGUAAGACCCUGGGUUGGGGAUCCAAGGCCGUUGGCCAUCCGGAUUGCUUUGGGCGGCGGUGAUAGUAUUGACCCUGCAGCCUUUCGCAUGGAGACAUAUUGGGGGGAGACGCUGCUGCAUCGAAUAGCACAUGGCAUGGCAUGUGCCCACGCAACGAAGCGGACUGAUGCUAUGGCAGAAUGGUGCCUGCUGCUAGCGGAAGCCAUAUCAGCGUCAGCCGAUCUCUCCCAAUUAGCUUGGUACGGGCAGGUCGCGCUGAGUCCUCUACAUACGUUUUUACUACCGUUCGGUGCUGAACUUUAUCGAAAUACUAUACGACGGACCAGGCCCCUCGAUGACAUUCUGUGCAUCUGGGUAUCGGCCUUGAAGCAUGCCGGUGUUGAUCUAGAAGCCUACGGGGCCGACGAACAGGCCUUGCUCAAGGACGGUCAUUUUUCUUUCUAUCUUCGUGUACGGAAUGAUCUUCGGCAAAAAUACCAGAGCAAUGACAAGACGUUGUGGGGCAAGGUUUUGGGUCUCGAGUACGGCCCCGAACCAGAAGACUGGCAUAUCUUUAUAACAAAUCCUGUGGACGAGUAUGUUGGGGAAUUCUGGGAAUCCGUCCAGAGGGGUUUGGAGGUGAUGCCGGGGACAUGGGUUGAUUAGACAAUUUGAUAUAAGCAUUGUAUAGCAUUAGGGUCAUAUCUAAGUAUCAGCAACAAUCUACGCAUUCAACUACUGAACCGCAGUUUAUCAAGUAAACCAUUGACUCCAGCACGG